AUGGCGCAGUUCGGGGACCGUGCCGCUCGGCUGCACCGUGGGUUGGCGGGGGGGCCCACCAUCGAAGCGCGCAGCACGCUCUUGGACACCGCGCCCGAGAUCCCGGGCGACCUCCAGCGGCACGCUGCCGCUCCGAGCAAGCUCCUCGGCGACGCGCCCCGCGUGGGCGACGUGGAGAUCGGCAUGCCGGCAAGCCCGUCCACGACCGCCAGCGUUGCUGGAGAUGGCCCCCCACUUCCACGCGCAACAGUCGAUGCGAGCACAUGCUGGGUGCCAGCUCCAGGCCCAGAGGUUGUCGAGACGCCCGAGGUCGGCGUUCGCCACACCUUUGUGCACGUCGCUGGCGCCCCACCGAGCCCGGGGAGCUUGCAGCGUCAUGCCACGGCGCCUGCCCAGAUGCAUCGCCCCUCCCAUGAGCCUGACGAGGGCCAGGGCCCGGACUCGCCCGCCGCGAUGCCGAUCGUCCCACCCCCGCCGCAGUCUGACCUCCGUCGGACGCCGACGGCCGCCGACCGCCCUGAAGUGCCAGCCGAGCCAUCCGAGUGGCCCAGUCCCGUGGGGCUGCCGCACGUCCCGGCCCCCUCGGAGCUGUGCCGCCUGCGCACCUUCGACCAGUUCGAGACCGCCUGCCCCUCCGCUCCCGUGGGGCCGCCGCACGUCUUGGCCCCCUCGGAGUUGUGCCGCCUGCGCACCUUCGACCAGUUCGAGACCGCCAGCCCCGUGGGGCCGCCGCAGGCCCCGGCCCCCUCGGAGCUGUGCCGCCUGCGCACCUUCGACCAGUUCGAGACCGCCUGCCCCUCCGUUCCCGUGGGGCCGCCGCCCGAGGCGGGGGGCUGUUGCCCCGCCUUCCCGCCGCCGCUGGCGGAGCUCACUGCAGGGACUCCGCCGCGCGAGGAGGCAGAGGGCGCCUCUGCGCUGGUGCUGCUGCCGGUGGUGUUCGGCACGGUCGCGCUCGCCGGCGGGCUCCCCGCAGCGAGUCCGUGUGGGUUCCCGCCGCUGUCCCAGGUGUGCUGUGGCGACAGCGGUGCGAUGAUGCCCCGCGUGGUCCCGGAGCCGCGCUCCUCUUUGCUGCAUCAGGGGCGCCCCCUCAGCUGCAGACGGUGCUGGACCCGGACAGCGGCAAUCGUUGCAUCUUCUGGGAAGUGGACGCCAGCAAGCUGA